AUGGGACAAAUGUCAUUACUUGAUCUCCCCCCUGAGAUAAUAGUUCAUAUAAUUAAAUGUUUACCAAGAGAAGCACUUCGUCAAUUAAAAGAUGUUCCUGAGUUACGAUUAUAUAUUUUGCCAAUAUUGUAUAAGAAUGUUAAACUUAUCUCACCAAGAAUACGUGAUGAUGAUAUUGACAGCUCAAUGAGAUAUGUCUACAGCUUGCCAUUUUCACUACCAGAGAUAGAAGGAAUUGGUAUUGAAGAAUUGUUCACCAUUAUUAAGAAUAAUGAUGUUGAAACCCUUGGAACGGCAACAAUUACAGAUCCUUAUUAUUUGUUUAUGUUACAUAAGGAAUAUCCUGAAGCUUUGAAAAGUACUAAAAUCAUUGUGGAUUUUAAUAGAUUUGAAUGGGUUAGAGAAAUGGAUACGACAUUAUUAUAUUUUGAAAGUUUAGAUGCAUUACCUUAUGAAAUUAUUGGUCUUCAUUCUGUGAAUAAAAAACAUACUAGGCCGGUGUCACAUAUUGUCGUGGAAGUUCCGGCAAGUGAUUCGGAGGACGAUCUGGAGGACGAUUUGGAGGACGAUUUGGAGGAAAUUUUUACAGAACUUAGAUUAGAAGAAGUACCAGAUGAAGACGUGGAGGAAAAUUUAGAAGAUGAUGGGAGUGAUCUACAGCUUGACAUAGCUGACAAUCCAGACGAAGGUCAAGAGGUAGACGAUAUGGAUGUUGCUUCAGAUAACGAGUCGGUUCUAGGCGGUGAUAACGAAUCUGACAUAGACACACUUGGUGAACCAGAAGACGACGUUGAGGCACAAAUUUUGAGUGAAGCCAAUUUUGUUAAGCCAUUUAUGUCUUUCUCACAAUUAACAAGUCUACUGAUUAAGCAUUUGUAUGGAUCGCUGUUGCAAUUUAUACCUAGCACGAUUAUAGAUUUAAGCAUAGAUGAAUUUCAUGUUAUUUCUGUUCAUGGUACAGCUUUAUUUCCAGAAGGAUUAAGGUCGUUGGAAAUUAAUCAAUUGUCCAAAGUUUUUCCUGACGACGAUGAUCCUGUUGAUAUUUCAUAUUUGGAAAAUCUCGAGACUUUUCAAUGCUGUUCCACUAGUGAGUACUCACUUCCCAAAAAUUUGCAAUCCAUUGAUGCCGAGGAUUCUUUGAACUUACUUCAACUAGUUUCAGAAUGUCCAUCAUUAAAAUCAAUAAAAUGUUUAUACUGUAAAUUGGAAGGUGUCUUGAAUGAAGGAUUAAGUAUAUCAAAUGAAUUAGAAGUUAUGGAAAUCGAUGAACGAUUUCUUCAAAAUUUUCCAAAAUAUCAAUUGAAACCAUUUAGAACACGUCAUGUUGGAAAUCCAGAUGAUGAAAUGAAUGAGACUGUUGUGUUUAAAUUUCCUGAAAGGCUAAAGAAUUUAAAACUACAAUAUGCAUCAGAUGAUCGUGCAUAUGAAAAGGUUCAAUUGUUUUCAAAUCGUCCAGAAACCGCAUUAAGUCAUUUGACAUAUUUAUGUUUGACUGUAGAACAAAAUGGUCAAUGUAUUGGACAGUUACCUCCAUCAUUAAGAGAGUUGUUUAUUCAUAAUAGUGAAAAUGUUAAUUUUAAUAUUUUGAAGAUUUUAAAUAAUUUGACAAAACUUAUAAUUAAGUAUGUUUAUUUAACCGAAUUUGAUUAUGAUUUACCUGAUAAUUUAAGAGAAUUUCAUUUUAGAAAUAAUCGUUGUGAAGUGUUCAAGAUUCGAGCAAAGAAUCUUGAUUAUUUGGAAGUGCAAAGUAUUCAUAUAGAUAAAUUAAAUGAUUCUAAUUUCCAAGUUCCUGAAAGUGUUACUACAUUGAGUAUUGUAUGCAGCAAUAUUCAAGAGAUUGAUUCAUCAUUUAAAUUCCCACCAAACUUAAGACAAUUAUCGCUAGAAGAUAAUAAGUUGUCUACUUUACCACAACUUCCGUCAAGUUUAUUGAGAUUAUCAUUGCAGUAUAAUAAAUUUAGUGAGUUAAAGACACCAAUUGAUCUCCCACCAAACCUAGAGGAACUUGAUUUAAGUUGUAAUCAUUUACCCGAUGGUUUUAUUUUUUCGAAUUUGAAUCUAAACAAAUUAACGAACUUGAAAAGACUAAUGUUGCAAGAAGUCGAUGGACUAUUUGAAGGGAAUAUUCCAAUGCUUGAUUUGUCAGAUUUACCUAAAUCUUUAGUUGAACUUAAUCUUAAUCGAUGUAGAAUCCAAAGAAUUAUUGGUAAGUUUAGUGAUUUCCCCCAUCUUGAAAAACUCGAUUUAAGAAGUAACAACAAUAAUGAUAAUAGUAUUACGGAAUUGUUAGAUAUAAAAGAAGAUUCGUUGGAGUAUCCAUAUUUCCCUGAUAGUCUUAAACAUUUAUGGAUAAACCGAUUACUGGAUAAUGAAAACGAAUGUGAAAUUAUAGACAAUAUUCUAAAAGUGGUUUUAAAGAAGCCAAAUAUCAUCACAGCAAUAGUUACAGAUAAGUAUAUAGAUGAAGAAGGAGUAGCCCAUGAUAGCAUGAGAGUAUUUACUGCUAAUGAUUUUGAUAGAUGUUUGGAAGAAAAUCAAUGGUGCCAAUUUCCUAUAAAUUUUAAUUAA